AUGAACGAUUUCCAGGACCAAGGGAUGGGGAUACUGUCUGUAACGAUACGGUAUAACGCCAGAGACGACAAGGUGGUGGGGUACAUUGUUGCGGAUCUCGGAGCUUUCGACCACACAGCACUUUACGGUAUCACCUCUGAAGCCGAGAGUUUUCAGAAUCAUCCGCUUUUGAUUCCAGUUCUUGCGCUGGAGAGAGCACUUGAGGUCUUAUGCUGCGAUCUUGAAUUCUACUGCAUCCACACCGUUCGCGAAAACGUCCCCUUGGACCGCGAGUACUCCAAAAAGGUUCCGAAAUUCCUCGCAUGGGAGCUGGAGCUUCAGCACGAAUGGUUGCCGUCCUCACCAACACAGCAAUACUCCAUGGCAUCGACGCUGCUGAUCACCCGGGUGAAACGGGCAUUGGCUUUCAUAGAACAGUUCACUCGCUUCGCUGAUGAUAUCACCGGAAGAAUGUCCGCGUGGCAAGCCGGGGCUUUUCAUAAAGUUGCCCAAGAAGAUUCCGACUUCAAUAAGGAGCUUAUGAGCCAGGGCAAGAGAGACAGCUCCACUAUGAAGUUCCUCGCUUUUCUCGGGACUAUCUUCUUGCCAUUGACAUUUGUCUCUUCUUUCUUUUCCAUGCCAGUCUUUGACUGGCGCACUUCGACUGCAGAUGGCUUUGUUGGGUCAAGGUUCUGGCUUUGGUGGGCGACCGUGCUUCCGUUGACGGCGGCAACUGUACUUUUGAUGUACCUGUGGAUCAGAUUGAAGCUUGGAAACCAAGGCAAGGAACAUGUUUAUGUUUAG